AUGAGAAAUGUUAUGUUGCCAAAAUACCAAGAUAUUCUAUGUGGGAAAUCGUUGGAGAGCUGUGAGGAAAGAGUAAAAGCAAAAGAGCAAUUUUUUACAAGUCUUGAACAACUGUUCAAUGCUGUAUCAGAAAACCCUGAAGAGGUAUAUAUUAUAAACCAGUUUUCCACUUCAACUGUAUUGUAUAGCUGAACUGGUACCACCGGUAUAUCACUUUGUUUUCGGAGCACUCAAUUAACUGAUGACUGCCACACAAAAGGAUGAUACAAUAUACAGUGACACUAAAUGUACAUAUGUCUGAAGUGGAAAACAACCUUUAGUUCAUUGGAAUAUAUAUCACAUCACUUAAUCAUGGGAUUAUAAAAUUAAUGCAAAUUAUUAUUAAUAUAUCUUUUAAGUAUAAAGUUUGUUCGUUCACUGCAACCAGGUAUAUUAAUCAUGAUUCGCUUGCUACUCUGGUUUAAAUAAAUUAUUACACUCUAUGCCGUAUGUGGCGUAUAAUUUUUUAUCUCAUAUGCACAAAUGACAAUUGAUCAUGCAUGUAACUUUCACUAUAUGGUAAUUAAGUUACAACUAAACUGUUUUCAAUGUUGGACCACCUUAAAUGGAAAAGAUUUCAAGUCAACAUUUAAUAGUCAAAAUCAAAAAUUCUUUUUAAUGCCUGCGUUGAAGAAGGAAGGUGUACAGACUAUAUGCUGAUGAUAGAGGUAUGGCCAAAUAAAAAUAAUAGUUGGUUUCAGGUUUCACAGCCAUGUUUUAUGUGGGUAGGUAGGUCGGAAAAAAUUUUAUUUUAAAAAAGUAUUUUAUCUCAAAUAUGCGAUAAAUAUAAGUUAAAACUCAUUAUAAACUCCAGCUCUUAGUUUUUAUUGUUUUUACAUCAAGUUUUCACCUGCAUACAUAUAAAACUUGACAUGCAAGGUAACGAGCAACAACUAAAUAUUUAAUGUCAACAAUGUUCAGUCUAAACGUUUAAAUGUCAAUAAAAUGUUUUUGGUCGGUCAUAUUUUUGACAGGUCGGUCGGAAACCUGAAACCAACUAUUAUUUUUAUUUGGCCUAUGCAAGACUGAGUGCAUGCAUGCCCUUUUUUAUUGAUUGACUAUAAUUACACAUAUUAUAUAGGCUAAAGGAUUCUUCAAAGCCAGUGUUCGCACCAAGACUUGCAAUUGCGGUGAGGUGGUUGUUAUAUCGUUGGCGAAAGCAGUACCGUUUGCCGAUCUAAAGAUGACUUCGGAAGCAAUGCGGCGUUACAUCCAAUCAAAUGGUAUUGGCUGUAGAGGGAAAACAAUGAGAGCGGGAAACACAUCUGCCACAUGUGUACAUGUGAAGCAUAGCAGCUUACCACCAUCCUUGCUUCAAAUCAUUAAGCCCACAUCAGGUAUUAUAUAUAUAUAUUAAUCUAAAAAAUGUGUGCAAUAGUACCGUUACUGGCAUGCACAUACGAUAUUGUACCGGGUUUCCAAACAAAAAAAAUUGCGCUGUUUGAUAUAAUGUAAUGUAAAAACUAUUAACUAUUGCAAUCAAAUAAGUUUUAUUGUAUUCAGAAAGAGCUAACUUAGAUUUUGAUAUAUAAUAUUCGAAUGUCCGUACUCCGUACACAACAUUUACUGAGGUAUCGAAUCGAUGUUUUAACUCAUCGAAUAAGCAUAUUUGACAAUGUUAAAAGUUUGCAUAAAAUUGCCUGUCAAAUAUUAUUUGGUUAAACUUGAUAUAUUAUUUAUUGUGGCCAAAAGAAUUAAUGAAUGAAAAGAUAGUUGUUGGAUAAACAAUUUAUUCAUUCGUCUUAAAAAGUAUGUCCGUUUUUUGUAAUAUUAAACCAUUAUUUUGUAAAUAUAUAUAUCAUACCCUGUAAAUUAAUUUAGAUUGCUCUGAAGAUGUUGUAUUGUAAACAACGAAACGUUAGCUAAUAAAUGUUUUACUUUUAUUAUGUUUGGUUCAAAGUUAUUUGCUGGGCUCUGCUCUUUAUCUUUUUUAUGUAUUACUGUAUAAAGCCGGUACUACUGUAUUGGCAGUGUAUAGUUAAAGACCAUGUCAAGUCCGUAAUGUGAGCGGCAAACGAUAUCUGUUUACAUUUUGAACUGCUAUAUUUGUAAAAUGAGACAUAACUAAAUAUCUAACAUUUUUCUGGUUCGCAAUUGUAAAUGAAUAUAAACUAGGUACGUUUCAAUUCAAAAAGUUCGAAAGAUCCAAUGUUUAUAUCUCUGGGCCCCAUUUGUUUAUUUUGUUCUGAGCAAAACUGAUACGCAGAACGGACGUGACAUGGUCUUUAAGUUUUUGGUUUCUUAUUUUUGGCUUUAUACAUUGAGUAAGUUCACUUAUAGUAAUAUUACGGCUAGGUAUAUAACAAAGUACAAAAGUCGUGCACAAAGCCAUAUUGCGUAAACUGCGUAAAUAUAAUCAGAUCUAUGUUUACGUUUUGUCGCGUGUUGGGUACGAGUUUUUCUUCCUUGACAAAAAGACCAAUAAAUAAGAAUAGAAAAGCAGUCUUGCAUUUUCGAUUCAGUUUUGAACAGAGAUUUUCCGAAGUUGACAAGUCUCUCUUUUCUCGCUCCGCCCCUCCGUACUACGUCAUGUAAUGUACACUAUAGUGGAUCGAUACUAUAUGACAAUGAAGGAGAGACUUGAAGCAAGUCUAGUGACACGUUGGUCAGGUGAAACCGUGAAAUGUAUUCUCGGUAUACGCACAACGCGCAAUACGAAGUAAACAGCGAGAAGAGAGCGUAAACAGCGAGAAGAGAGCAUAAACAGCCAAAUGAGUUCACCAAAUAUGACUAGGUUGGCUGGUUUCUAUCUUUCUCCCAGUGUUGCUUUAUCACGCCUUAUCUGCUCUAUCAACUAUAUGCUCAUAUGCUCGAAUGGCUUGCAACAUGUACGCAACGCGUACCUAUUUUUAAAUGUCUCAUGCUUUUUUCGCUUCCCAAGAAGUAUGAAUACAUGCAUGGCUAACUUAUAAUAGGACAUUACGCAAAAUUAAAUUUUACUAGUUGAAUUGCAAAAAUUGAAAUUGUUAGUAAGUCAAUUGACAAUUGUUUUCAUAUAAAUAUGAAUUUAUAUGUAUAUGUUAUAUUGUAAUAUAUCUUAUGUACCAGUAAUGGUGUAAUGGAAUAAACAUGCAUGCAUAUAUUAUUAUUAUUAUUGUUAUUAUUAUAAAUUUUAUCAGACAUGUUUUUCAAUUUAGUUUUACUCAUUUUUAAAGCAUGCACCAAAUAUAUUCAAACAUUCAGGGUAGGUGAUCAUUUUUAGCACAGUUAAUAUAGUAGCCUUUCCUAAAUACCAUAAAAUUUGUUUGAGUGCAAUAGCUAUUGUAGUUUUUACCUCGCAUGAAAUCAAACAGCACAACUUUUUUGGGACACCCUGUAACCUGUAUAGGACAUAUCAGUUUAUUUAUAUCAUGUUACUUUAGUACUUUUAGAUAACCCACCGGAAUUUGCAAAAAAUGAUGGGAGUAGUAUUCAGAAAGAAAAUGAGGCAGAUACUGGUAAUUAAAAUGCAAUUUUCAUAAAUAAUGUGCAUGUUUAACUGGCUGAUAGAGUAUAAGAAAUAUCUUUCAAAUUCAGUAGACUGUAAAUAGCUGGGCCAAGUGUGUCUUAGAUUUCUUUAAAUUUUUUUUUGUGAAUGGAAGAUUCUUAUCAUUAACAUAAUCAAUGGUCAAUGCCUUCAGAUGUGCCUGUACUGUGGUAUUUUACUCUCUCAAACAUCUGACUAUUUUACUUGUCAGUUCACGUUCGGUAUGGAGUUAAUGGAUAAAUACACAAAAGUGGCCAUUUACAAGUUUGAUUAUUGUCUAUUUUAUUAGAUAACAUGAUAAGUGCACCUGUUAUUCUCUUUAAGCAAAUAAUCCCUCUCAAGGGAAUGAUCUUCCACAAGAUAAUCUUCCUCCUGGAAACAAUCGGCCUCCAAAAGAAAAUGAUCUUCAAGGAAAUGAUCCUCUAAAGAUAAUUGAUGACCCUAAAGGAAAUGAUAUCAAUACUGGUAUUUAA